AUUCGCCUUCGACCCCUCACCUUCCUCAGCAUGGCUCUCUCGGACGUUGGUCUCUACGGCUUGGCCGUCAUGGGCCAGAACUUUGCGCUCAACAUGGCGUCGCACGGCUUCUCGGUCUCGGUCUGCAACCGGUCGCCGGACAAGGUCGACACGACGGUCCAGCGCGCCAAGGACGAGGGCAACCUCCCGCUCGUGGGCCACAAGGACGUCAAGGACUUCGUGCUCUCGAUCGCGCGCCCGCGCAAGAUCAUCCUCCUCGUCAUGGCUGGCAAGCCCGUCGAUGACACGAUCGCCGCGAUCGCCCAGCACUGCGAAGAAGGCGACAUCAUUGUCGACGGCGGCAACGAGUGGUACCCCAACUCGCUCCGCCGCGCCAAGGAGCUCGAGCCCAAGGGCAUCCACUUUGUCGGCAUGGGCAUCUCGGGCGGCGAAGAAGGCGCUCGCAAGGGCCCGUCGCUCAUGCCUGGCGGCCCGCGCGCGGCCUUUGACGCGCUUGAGCCGAUCCUCGUCAAGUGCGCGGCCCAAGUCGACGACGGUGCGUGCACGACGUACCUCGGCGAAAUUGGCUCGGGCAACUACGUCAAGAUGGUCCACAACGGUAUCGAGUACGGUGACAUGCAGUUGAUCGCCGAGGCCUACGAUGUCUUGAAGAUCGCCGGUGGCUUGACCAACGCCGAGCUCGGCCAGGUCUUCACGGAGUGGAACUCGGGCGAGCUCGAGUCGUACUUGAUUGAAAUCACGGCCGCCAUCUUCAAGAAGAAGGACGACCUUGCCGGUGCCAACAAGGACGACUACCUCGUCGAUAAGAUCUUGGAUAAGACUGGCAUGAAGGGCACGGGCCGCUGGGUUGUGCAGGAAGCCGCCGAGCGCUCGGUGGCGGCCCCCACGAUCACGGCGUCGCUCGAUGCUCGCUACCUCAGCGGCCUCAAGGAGCAGCGCGUGCACGCCUCCAAGAUCCUCAACGGCCCCACGGAGAUCCCGUCGGUCGACAAGCAGCAGCUCAUUGACGAUGUGCGCCAGGCGCUUUACGCGUCCAAGAUCUGCAGCUACGCGCAGGGCCUCAACUUGAUCCGUGAAGCCGGUGUCCAGAACGGCUGGAAGAUCGACUUGGGCGAGUGCGCCCGCAUCUGGAAGGGCGGCUGCAUCAUCCGCGCGGCGUUCCUCGACCGCAUCAAGGCUGCGUACAUCAAGGACCCGUCGCUCGACAGCCUCUUGAUCGACGCCGACUUUGCCAACGAGCUCAACGCCCGCCACUUUUCGUGGCGCCGCGUCGUGUCGCUCGCGGUCGCCAGCGGCAUCCCGACGCCCAGCUUUUCGGGCUCGCUCAGCUACUUUGACAUGUACCGCCGCGCCAACCUCCCGGCCAACCUGACGCAGGCGCAGCGCGACUUUUUCGGCGGCCACAGCUACAACCGCACGGACCGCGAAGGUGUCUUCCACUGCGAGUGGACGGAUGCCCACCACAGCAUUGGCAACGUCGCCGAGCGCAACCGCGGUAACUUGUAAAUACAAGCGUCCGAUUCGAUGUGUACACGU